AUGGCUCCCGCCAAGCGAAAACCGGCGGCGCGAAAGAAACGGCUCCGAACAGGCACGAACUUAACGAUUUUGGGCUAUAAAAGCCCAAAAUUGUUAAAUAAAAAUCACUCUUUGGAGUGCUUGGCAAAAAUCCUGAUCCGCGCCAAGCAAUCCGCUUCCUGGGGGUCGCAGCUUGCAGGGCCUCCACCGAAGAUUCUCGGCCGCACUCCCCAGGACUUCGAGCACCACUACGUUCAAAUUUUAAGACUGACCUGUGUUAUUAUAUUUUUAAUUUUUAGAUAUUUAGCAUUGUUAAGCUAUCUCGAGAUCUACAACGAGCGAUUACGAGAUUUGUUACAAGACGACACUAGAGAAACCUUAACACUAAAAGAAGAUCCCACGAAAGGUACUUACGUCGCGGGUGGAUUGCGAGAAGUCCCUGUCAAAGAUGCAACCGAAUGCGCCACAUUAGUUCAACAGGGUGAUCAAAGGAGAGCUGCAGCCGCAACAAAGAUGAACGCUGUCAGUUCAAGAAGUCAUGCUGUUUUAACUUUGUCACUUGAAGCAAUUGCCAUCAAUGACGAUGAUAAACGUGGCAAUGCUAUCAGGAGAGGUCGAUUACAUUUAGUCGAUUUAGCUGGAUCUGAAAGACAAACUAGAACUGGUGCUACAGGAGAUCGUUUGAAAGAAGCUGCCAGUAUCAAUCUGAGCUUAUCGGCAUUAGGGAAUGUUAUUAGUGCAUUAGCUGCCGGAAAUGGAAGACAUGUACCUUAUAGGGACAGUAAGUUGACGAGAUUGCUGCGAGAUAGCUUGGGCGGAAAUGCCAGAACUUUGAUGAUUGCUUGCGUGAGUCCAAGCGACAUCGAUGCUGAAGAGACUCUUAGCACUCUACGCUAUGCAGCUAGAGCUCGUUGCAUAAAAAAUAAACCCAUUGUCAAUGAAGAUCCUAAAGAUGCUCUUCUUAGACAAUACCAAUUAGAACUUCAACGUUUAAGAAAGUUACUUGACUCCAACGAUAUAUUAAAUGUUGGAUUGGACUUCCAAAAGGAUGAGGAAGAAAGAGAAGAAUUGCGAGAAAAGCAAUAUUCCGACGAGGUGGAGAGACUAAGAAAAGAGUGCGAAAAUUCAAAUUUGUCAGCUCAGAAACUAAAAGAGGAACUGAAAACUCUAAAAUUUUGUUACGAAUCUGGAUUAAAUAUGACGAUUAAUAAUGAUAAACUUGAGAAACUCGAUCAAGGAUAUCAGGAGAUGAAUGAAUUGGACAAAGAACGAAUGGAAAGAAGAAGAAAGAAAAGAGAGGCAGCUCUUCAAGAUGUUUUAAAAAGGUUGGAGAAACUGACGAUCGGUGGAGAAGAGAUUGAUAAUGCAGAACUAAAAAAAAGGAGGGAGAAAAGAAGAAAAAAGUUAGAAGCUCUUGUAGGGGCGCUGGAAGCCAACGAUGCCAAUGGUAGUGUCUUCCAAGUAUAUGGCCAAUUGAGAACGAGUUGGAGCACGUCCGAACGGUUCGACGGCUCGUCUCCUAAUCUAAGGGCGUCCGUUUAA